AUGACCAAUGAGUCACUGGUACCUGUGCUGGUGUUGCUGGUUCGAAUCCCGUCAGAGAUUACUCCCCUUCCUUUGCCCCUUUCGACUCUUCCCUCCUCUUGUCCUGUUUGUCGUCUUGUCGCCCUCUCUUGGCUCCGUAUCCCCCACAAACUUUCCUCCCACUUUGUCAUAUUCCCACCUCUCUCUCCCUCUCCCUCUCUCCCUCUUUCUCCUUUUCCCAACAAACCAGCCUAUCCAUCUCUCUCCCUCUCCUUCUCAAUUGCUCCCACAGCUACAGCUGCUUCGUCGCGCCGUUUUCUGCUCCAGCUCUGUCCCCAUUUGACAACUCUUCGCACCCGUUCUCAUGACCCUCUUGAGCUAGUUGUCAUGCCGUCCCGAUGGGUCUAUCGCCCAGCCUCGACUUUGUGGUAUGCGGUUGUCAGGACAGAUCCACUCUGGCCUAUGGCGAUAAACUUCAUUCAGACUUCUGGAGCGGGCCGGGCUUGA